AUGGGCAGGCCCGCAGGCAUUCAAGAGUUCAACAUCACCACGGCCAAACCCAAGGCUCAGGACCGUGUCAUUGCUUUGCCCGAAGAGCAGCUCAAGUUCUCCCAGCCGUGGCCCACCUCUCACAUCGCCGAGAAUGCCAUGAAGAUGUGCGAGAUCUUCAUCAUCACGUCGGAAGUGGUCGACCAGUUGUACGCCCAGAGGCCGAUCUGGACGGAACGCGAACGAGACGACCGAAUCACCCAAACCCACCUGCGACUGGUGAAAUGGUUUGAUGGCCUGCCGAAAAACCUCAAGAUCUCCGAGUCCAGCCUUCAACCUGCCCCGCCUUAUGUGUAUCAAAUGCAUCUCCAGUACCACGUCGCGAUCAUCCUUCUCCACCGCCCAUUCUUCCGAAUCCUAUAUCACAGCCAGACCAACGGCGAUUACGACCCAGAGGGCGGCGACGUGCACUCGCAAUCGUGCCAGGCGUCAGCGGCCAAGAUUGCCAACAUCUACCGCAUCUUCCGCGAGAAUUAUACCAACCGGUGUGUGCCCAUUUCUGCCGUCCACCCGGCCUUCACGGCGGCCAUCAUCCAUCUCCUCGACGUCAAGACUUGUAGUCCCGUCGGCCGGAACAAGGCGCGGCGCCGCCUGGACAUCUGCCUCACCAGCCUGCACGAGAUGAACAUCAAUUGGGACUGGGCCAAUCGCGCCAUCCGCGCCAUCCGCUCCUUGGCCGCGCAAUGGCAGGUCGACCUCAGUCCGUCGGCGGGCUUCUUGCGCGAGAUCAGCGAAGAGAGCCGAUUGCAGUUUCAGCGCUACGAGGAAUCGUGUCUACCGACCGGCUCCGGGCCAGGUGCCGAUGGUCAAUCUCAAGCCGCCCCGGUCAGGCCUGUCGAUCCCUUUGACGAGUUCUUCGAGGCUUGGACUUACGACCAGAUGGAUGGAGCGUUCAACUUCUUCGAUGACAAUUGA